AUGAAAAAAAUUAAAUCGUUAACAAACGAUCUUCUAAGUGCUAAUCAAGAGAUUGAGAACCUUAAUUCCGAAAAUUUUCGUCUGAAAGUUGACCUCGAUAAGUCCUUAAAAAUAAUAGACUCAUACAAAAGAAUAAUCACAUCUGACAGGAAAAGUAUGACGCCUACACCAAGAGGCAAAAGAAAGUAUUCACAAAAUAAGAUCUUUGAAAGUCCAGCACAAAUAACAAACCCAGGAACAGAUGGUCAAAGUAUAAAUAAUUCCCCAAUUCCCAUAACAAAUCGAUCUUUAGAUGAAUUAGAACAAAAUGCAAUAAAUAAUGACAACUUUAAUAUUAUGACAAUACCAUCUGAAAAACCCAUUAACUUGCCUGCCUGUUGUACUACAUUUUCAAAUAAAAUAUUGCAAAAAGAUAUUCAACAAAAAAAAGAAAUAAACUGUGAUACUCCUCUUCUGUAUGCAAGUAAAGAGCAAAUAAAUUCCCAUGAAAAGGGUAAUAAAGUAUGGAAACGAAAAAUUGUUAUUGUAGCGGACGAACAAGGUUAUAAAAUAAGAGAAACACUGCAGAAUUUUGUUGGUUGUGAGUUUAUAGUAACUUGUUACUCAAAGUAUGGAGCCCCUUUAAAAGAGGUGUUAGCGCCUGCAGAAUCUGAGUUAAGCAAAUUGAACAGCAACGAUUUUGUAAUAAUACUUGGAGGAAUUAAUGAUAAAAAUCCUCGUGAACUAUUGUUUUUCCUUAGACAAUUUUUGAACAAUGCGAGCAAACCCAAUAUUUUAGUAUCAGAAGUACCACGUAGCAAAUAUCUUAAUGAAAGAAAAUUAAAUUAUGAAAUUAAAUUUAUAUGCUCUGAAUUUAAGUAUGUUAAUUUUAUUGAAAUGAAUUAUUCUGUCAUGAUACCUAGGCGCAAAUAUUUUCCUCUAUAUACAAGCCAGUUACUUCUACAAGAAAUAUUACGUGUGGAUUAUAAAUUAAAAUAUGAGAUAUACUGUAAAAGCUUAAAAGACAUACCGGAACAUAAGCAGACCUUUACUGAAAAUAGUACCCAAACUGACAUGUUUGUCGACCUUGUAAAAUGUAAUAACUUUUCUGACAGUAGCACCCAAACUGACAUGGCAAUUGAAACACCUUCUCAAAUUAAUUCUACCAACUUUUUUCUUGUAUAA